AUGAUUCGUCUAAAUUCAGCAAUAUCAAGACAGCCUUUUGCGCUUCACCUUCCGCACUUUGCUGAUGCUGCAUCCAACGCUGCCGGCAUUGGCAAAUACGACAUGCAGCUUACACUUAGUAGUAUAAUUAGUAGCCGCACACCGCCGAGUAUCGUCCCUACAUGUAUAUCGCUCGCCGCAACGCCUGACAGUGAGACACAACUUGGACACCUUUUUGUCUUUGCGCCUGCUCGGCUGACCGAUGCCACCAUGGCACAAAUGGUGGCAGCUCUACGCGGCACCGCUUCAUUUUCUUGUGUUGCACUCAGGCUCCGACUCCACCACCUGGCUCCAGCUUGUCGAGACCUUGUGUCGUUCUCAUUGGAGGUUAAUGGCCAUCCGAGCACCGGUUGAGGCUAAUUCGCCCAGGCCUUGGGGGGCUUCUGCAGCCUCAAUUGGUUGAAAAUCGGACGGGCCAGUGAAAAAAAAAAAAAAUUGGAAGGCGAACAAGGGCGUUCGUUGGAAUUCGGUGAAAAGGACCGCCUUCAAGAGACGGCCUCGCCCCUCCCCCGCCAUGUUCAUCGUAUCAAGAGAGACGAGAAGCUCGAACACGUCAGCUGUACAUGAAGACUCGCCACGGCCAACAGGCGAACAGCCAGUAUCCUCACCACAGAUUUGCAUCGCCAGAUGCCCUGGGCGUAUGCAUCAAGCGCCAUGGAUGUCUGGUGGAGACGGCAUGAGUUCGUCUUUUCGGUGUGUGCAGGGCGUCUGCAAAUCCGUAGGGCCGUGCUGCAGCUCCAACGCAUCAGGCAAGCAAGCCUCCUAGUGCAUCGUGGAGACCAGGAGCCCAAUAGAAGCAGCCCAAGAUACCCGAGAUAUCAUCACUCACUCGGCUUGACGCAGCAGGCCCUGGAUGUCCCCUGCAGCGCCGCUUGGGGCAGAAAUCACGCUCUGCCAUGCCGCGGUAGGUACACAUGUUACACAUGGACGGACCACUAAUGCAGUAAGAGGCAUAAUACCGGGUUGGUGCCAGAUGGCGGCAAGGUAGACUUGCACCAUGGAAAGUACACGUCGAGUAUCGAUGGUACGAGUCUUGAUGGCUUCGAUACAAGAGGCCGGGCUUAGCCAUCGGAGGUCCGACGAUUUGAGCCAGUGAUUGCUAAUUUCGGCACUUUACGGAGCACACACGGCCACCAGAGGGCCUCGAAUGUAGAACAUGGUG